CAGUUCGUGACCUCAUCCGAGAGUACCACGACGUUUUCCUACCGUCGUUCUCGUACGCCGGCAUCCCACCGAUGCGUGACGUCGAGCACUCCAUUCAGCUUGUGCCUGACUAUCGUGUUCACCACCAGGCACUCUACAGACUCUCGAUCCCCGAGGCCACCGAACUCAAGCGUCAGCUUGAGGAGUUCCUGAGACCGGGUUUCAUUAAACCCAGCAACUCCCCGUGGGGUGCACCCGUCCUCUUUGCUCGCAAAGCGGACGGAACUCUCCGUUUCUGCAUCGGCUAUCGCGGUCUCAACCGCUACACGGUUAAGAACAACUACCCCAUACCUCGUUCCGAUGAGCUGUUCGAUCGCCUAGCAGGCAACCGCUUCUUUACGAAGAUUGAUCUUCGUAGCGGUUACCAUCAGAUCCGUGUCGCUGCAGCCGACCAGCCGAAGACCGCGUUCCGAUCGCAAUUCGGCCACUACGAGUUCAAAGUGAUGCCAUUCGGCGUCACUAAUGCCCCCGCUACCUUUCAGAGGGCGAUGAACGACAUCUUCAGGGACAUCCUGGAGCAACAUGGCUUCUACGCCAGGCUGAGCAAGUGCCGCUUUGCCCAGCACAAAGUGGAUUUCUUAGGACACUACGUGUCUGACCAGGGUCUCCACAUGGACGAUGCGAAGAUCACUGCUAUUGCGGAGUGGCCCGCUCCCACAUCCGCCAAGCAGCUUUGCAGCUUCCUAGCCCUGACCAGUUACCACAGUAGCUUCAUCCGGGGAUACGCUAGGUAUUCCUACGUCCUUACCUCCACCCUCCUCCGGAAGAACCCACCCUGGGCUUGGGCACCCCUCCACGAGGACGCCUUCCGCGCCCUCAAGAAGGCGGUGACAUGCGCACCGGUUCUUCACCUACCCGAUUUUGACCGCCCUUUUAUCCUUACCACCGAUGCGUCAGACUUCGCUGUAGGAGCAGUGCUUUCUCAGGUCUUCCCCUCCUCUCCUGAUUCCUCUCAUCCUCGUAUCCCUCGCUUCCCAUCACCUACCCCUACCAUUGCUUCCCGACUGACGCCUACUCGUCCAGCUACUGACGAGCCUUCUAUUGACUAUUCUCCUACCAUCGCCGAGGACGGCACUAUCGAGUCUCGCUCAGGUGAUUGUCCGAUAGCCUUCUACUCCCGUCAGCUCCUUCCCGCCGAGAUAAACUACACUGCUGAUGAACGUGAGGUUCUCGCAGUAGUUUAUACCGCUCGGCACUGGCGUCACUACCUGCACGGGGCACCAUUCACGGUGCGCACGGACAACUCUGUUGUCCAGGCUUUUCUGACAAAGCCGAAGCUCACUCCUCGACAGGCUCGCUGGUGGCGCGACCUAUCCGAGUUUAGUUUCACCACUGAACACAUCAAGGGUGAGACUAAUCGGGUCGCAGAUGCCCUAUCCCGGCUGCACGUGAGGUCGCCGUUUGACCGAGUCGUGCGUGACCACGGCUUACCUCUGAGCAUCAUAUCUGAUCGUGACCCGCACUUUACCAGCCGAUUCUGGCGACGGCUCCACGAGGUAUACGGCACUCAGCUCCGCUUCUCCUCGUCUUACCAUCCUCAGACUGAUGGUCAGACCGAGAUCACGAACAGGACUCUCAGAGAUAUUCUUCGAAAGAUUGUUCGUGACGACCAGCAGUGGGAUCUUCAUCUUGCCCACGCGGAGAUAGCCUACAACCACGCCGUCUCGCCAGACAUGGGGAUGUCGCCUUACUAUUGCGACCUCGGCUAUCACCCUUGCAUUCCCGCGGACUUCCUUCGACCGUCCCAACUGCACCCCGACAUGAGUUGUCCCGCGCUGGACAAUUGGGUUGCACACGUGACGUCGAUCAUGAAGAUCGCACAUAAGCACAUAGCCGCUUCCCAGACUCGCAUGGCAGCACGUGCGAACCGAUCGAGGAUGGAUCAUUCAUUCAAAGUCGCUGAUGAUGUGCUUAUCGACGCCCGCCACUUACAGCUCGAAGCGGACACACUUCGCAAGUUUCGGCGUCGCUUCUUUGGCCCAUGCCGCAUCCUCUUGGCCGUCGGUUCUGAUACGGCAUCUAGCCCGGUUAGCUUCCGUGUGAAGCUGCCCGACUACCUACGCCAGGCUCGUGUGCACGAUGUCUACCACGUCUCGUUACUGCGUCCUUACGGCAGACUGUCUGAGCGUUUCGCUAGACGACCAUACGAGCGCCUUCCACCCAUCAUGGUGGACAGUUACGAGGAGUUCCUCGUUUCAGACAYCAUUGGUCGCCGAGUCACCGACGACAAACCUCCCCACGUCGAGUAUCUCGUACGUUGGAAGGRUUACCCUSAUGAGGAGGCUACCUGGGAGCCCCUCGAGCACUUGCAGCACGCUCGCAUGUUGGUGCGUGCCUAUGACCGUGCUCGUCGUGCUGGGUUCACUGCUCCUCCUCAGCCCACUGACCCUCCUCCUUCUCCUCCGGCUGAGGAGACCGCUGAAGUCGAGCCUGCUCCAUCUGAGGCAACCCUUCAGCAGCAGCCGGAUGCUUCUGAGCGUCCACAGCGCACUCGUCGUCGUCCUGCUCGAUACGACGAUUAACUCUGACUUACCUUCCCACGUCUUUGACUUCUCAGUACUCCAUCCACAUCAGUUUUGCUACUUCAGCUCGUCGACG